AUGGAGAAUCCACCGCCGGAGUUGUUCUUGUAUGUUUACGAUGAACUAGCCGAGUCACGAGUCCGUCUCCGACGAAAGGAUUAUGAGACCUUCCUUCUUAAAUGGGGCGUAGACGCAAAAAAGGCAGAGGAACUCCCUCAGGAAAUCCUAAAACGCAUUGAACCUAUCUACGGAAAGGGUUGGACUAUAUACGUUACGGAUGGUCGCGUUUGGGCAAUGCAGGUACAUCAACCCGGAUCUAAUCUCGUAUUUGCCUACAAGGGUAACGUUUAUGGUCUUUAUCAAUGCCCGGUUGGAAAAUAA